UGUUGUUUUUUUUUUCCAAUUACUUAAACCAAGUGCCUCAUUUCCUGUUUUUCCCGUUGUUGUUCUUUUGCUGCGGUACGUGAAUGCACCAUAAUGACGCUGAGGGAUGACGUAAGGACGCACGGAGCGUCGAGUCAGGGCUGGCAUACAUUUUUUGGACCAGGACAGUAACGUUAUGCAGAGCAGGUGGUCAUGGCUUGGAAGUCGAGGACCCGCAGUCUACAGGUGUUUGACACGGAGCUGAGUGCGGACACGGUGGAGUGGUGUCCUGUUCCACCCAACCACGACAUCCUGGCCUGCGGGACAUAUCAGCUACAGAAAGGGGCAGGAGAGGAGAAUGCCACCCCGAGCCGAACUGGCCGUUUGUACCUUUUUGAAUUUCAGCGAGAAGGACCGAUGAGCCCUCCUCUCGCUGAGCUACAGCGCAUGGACACAGCAGCCAUUUUAGAUUUGAAAUGGUGCCAUGUGCCGGUGUCAGAGAGGGCUAUGCUGGGAAUGGCGGUGGCUACAGGGGAGCUGCAGCUGUACACACUGUCAGAGAGUCAGGAAGGCGGCCGCAGACUGCAGGCUCUGAGCAGUCUGGAGGUUGGAGCAGAGCGGCUAGCUCUGUCACUAGACUGGUCCACUGGCAGGCUGGACAGCAGCAGUGAUGUGCGAGUGGUGUGCAGUGACUCUGCAGGUUGCAUCAGUGUUCUUUCUCUGGCUGAAGGUGCUCUCACGGCUCUGUCACAGUGGAAAGCCCACGACUUUGAAGCGUGGAUCUCAGCCUUCUCCUACUGGGACACACAGCUGAUUUACUCUGGUGGUGAUGACUGCAAACUCAAAGGCUGGGAUCUCAGAGUUGGUCCCUCCAGCCCCACUUUUACCAGUAAAAGGCACUCGAUGGGUGUGUGUAGUAUUCAAAGCAACCCACAUCGGGAACACAUUCUGGCUACUGGCAGCUAUGAUGAGCAGAUUUUGCUGUGGGAUGGCAGGAACAUGCGGCAGCCCAUCAGUGAGAGUCCUGUGGGUGGCGGGGUGUGGAGGCUGAAGUGGCAUCCAACCAAUCAGCACCUGCUGCUGGCAGCCUGUAUGCAUAAUGACUUCCACAUCCUUCACUGCCAGCAGGCCAUAGAGGGCAGUGGAGGAGCGUGUCCUGUUGUAGCCUCCUACAUCCUCCACAACUCCCUGGCGUAUGGAGUGGACUGGUCCAGGCUGUCCCUGGAGGACCCUGCUCCCUGCUCACCUCCCGCUGCAGAACCAAAGCAAAGCCUCGCAGAGGGCGGAGGACACUUGAGGAUUCAAUAUGAAUCUCCCACUGCCAGCUUUGACACUUCCCUGGAGGACGACGCUGGACGGUACAUCCCAGAAGGAAUACCAGCGCCUUCCACCGCACCUGCUGCAGGUCCUGCCCUCAACCCUGAUGACGAUGCCCCCUCACUGUCCUGUCUGCUGGCGAGCUGCUCAUUUUAUGACCACAUGCUCCAUGUGUGGCGCUGGGACUGGACUCCCAACGAAGCUCCACAGGAAUCAGAGCAACGUUGACCAAGCUUCAGAUGACACUAUUGAAAUAUUCUCCAUCAAACUAGAACAUGUACCGAAGUAAAGCCGAAUGUAUAGCCUCACUAUAACCUGGGCGUGAUAUACUGUUAUUUCAUUCACAGUUUUUAUCAUGAAGACAAGUCAAGUCCCCUUUACUUUGGAAUAACCUAUCACAGAAUGUGAAAUUUGCAGAACCCUCUAUUUUCAUAAUGACAGAAUUUUUUUAAACUUGUAUUUAAGCAUGAAUUGUUUAUAAACCUCAUACUCCUCUGUUCUGUAGCAACAAGAGCAAUACAACCAUUCACACACAAACACAGACAAACCAGCACCAGUUUUAACCCAUAAAUUAGGUACCCAUGCACUAAAUGUGAAUUUGUCUAACUUUAUUGGUCCUCAAAGGAAAUGGUUUUCCUUUGCAGCCCUCCAGCCUCUGAAAGGCGUUGUACUCUUGGAUUCAGUGUUUACAUUCUGCCAAGAGUUUUAGCCCAGACUAGCUGCUUGAUGGCUGUAUAAUGGCUCCCUUGAAAUGAACCUCCAGAUAAAACCUGUAAUGCCAGUAUGUGUUUGUGCUGCUCCCCAGGAGUCUGAGGUGGCAAUAUUCACCAUAUGAUGAUUCUGGAAACUACAUCACAGUAUUUCCUGGAAGUGUGUAGAGGCCACUGUCAUUACUGGUUGCAAUCGUUCAUUUAUCCAUUAAAGUUACACAGACGUUGUUUGUUCA